AUGAACAAUAUGAGGGGAAAACAUUUAGAGAAAUACGCUACAACAAUGGGCUUCAAGGUUAUUCGCGACAUAGUGUUACAGUUGUUGAGGGAAGAGAUUCCUGAAAAUACACAUCCAAUCUUGUCUUUGGCAAAAACUGACCAAGAACGUGCAGAGGCCAAAAAGCGACGCCAAGAUCUCAAAGAUGAAGAGGAUGAAAGUGCUUUAACAACUGUCGAUAGGAAAAAACGCCGUAUCUGGCUUAGACAAGCAUAUGCGGUUCCUAUUGCAUUUGCAGGUAUUCAGAGAAAUACUCUGGAAACAAAGCCUAUUCGGGAUACUACAUCCCAUGAAUAUAUGUCAGAAUUCGCUCGUGAAAAACGAUUGCGGUGCCAGGCUACUAGGGGUACUGUAGCGCUUUUCAAUGCUGUUAAGCAGCAUCAGACCAACAUUGGAAAGCAACUGGAGGGUUCAAAGUCAGGUUUCGAGGAAGAAAAAAUUCUCACCCAAAUCACAACUUCAGACUUCCUGGAUCGUCUGUCAGCUGGGAUUAGCAGUUCCAAGUUGUCGAAAGUAAAAUAGUUCGAGAUACAACUAUUAGCUCAAUCCCUCAUUGACAUUGUGCAGUUUUUUCCAGAUGCCAACUGUCAUUUCAAAUUUGUAAAUAUAUGACAAUUAUCUCUCUUGC